CGCAUGUCUUGCUGGCAACUUUGAACACAACACGCCCCCGCCCUGGGCUGCAAACUCUACACAUUUGCUUCCGCAACCAUGGUGUCUCUGUGGCCGUGGAGGGCGGGCGAAGAUGCUGCCUCGUUUGAGAAAGCACUCUCAGCUCUCACCGCCAAAAUCAACAGAGCUACCGCGGUCAAUGACAAGCGUCGCCGAGCCUCGAGACGCGCUCGUGUGAUGUGGACGCUGUACGCUGGAUUCGCAUACAUUCUCGCAGCGUUGCUCCUCGUCCUGGUCACUGGUCGCCAGAAUUGGGGAGUGGUGGAGGUCUCGGUUAUAGCGGGCAGUCCUGUUGUCAUCUACCUUGUCCGCUACGCGCUGACAAGCUACUUUGACUACCGUAUCUCCAACACUACCGCCUACAUCGCCAAGCUGAAUAAGGAGCGCGAUGCCACGAUUAACAGACUGAAAGAAGCUACCAAGUACAACUCGACUCAGCAGCUGCUUGAGAAGUACGGUGCUUCACCCAAGCAGGAGAUGCCGCAAACCGCGUCGAACAACAAGAAAGCGCAAGGCCCCCAGAGAGCGCCGCAACCACAAGGCCCACGCACAGGCAUUGCGCCCCCGCCGACAGCGAACAUACAGCGACCGCAAAACCAAUCGCAAAACCCGUCGACACCGGAACGUGCACCUCCCGUCCCUGUAUCGCCUCCGGGGCACCCGCAACUACCCUCGCCGAGCGCCGAGUUCGCACCGAACGCCUUCGGACCCGUCGACGCAACAAAGCAAUACUCCUCCACGCCCGCGACCUCAUUCACACAAUCCCACUGGUACGACCGUAUCCUCGAUGCCCUCUUGGGCGAAGACGAGACCCAGCCCAAAAACCGCCUUGUUCUGAUCUGCUCCGAAUGCAGACUUGUGAACGGCCAAGCCCCGCCCGGCGCCCGCACGGUCGAAGACAUCGGCAAGUGGAGAUGUGGCGGAUGCAAGGCUUGGAACGGCAAGGAGAAACCGCAUGAGGAAGUCGCGAAUUUAGUGCAGAACUGGGACGCUGAGCGUACGGCGAAGGCGCGAGAGAUGGUGAGGGAUGCGGAAGAUGAGGACGAGGGUGAGGAUGUCAACGAGGAGGACCUGCCGACGCAGAAGAUGGUGGAGGUCAACGAAGAGGCGCCCCCUAGUAAAUCGACUAGGAGUAAGACGAAGGGGAAGGGCAAGAAGUAAGGAUCGGAAUCAAAAGCAUUGGACGGCGAACGGUGUGAUGGGUGGUCUGCAGCGCAUUUCAGCGGCAUUUUAUUCGUACUUGCAAGACUCUGUACGUCUAGAAAUGGAUGCACCGGUCUCUGUGUUUACUUUGCACCGCACACAUCUCGAACUUGAAGUAUCUCAACUGUUCCCCUGGGUAGAAUCAGGUCUCAAAUCGGCGACGCUCGUCCUUGAGGCGCUCCGGCUCGCGCCGCGGCUGGACACCUCAGCGUCAGCGCUGCUCUUGAUCCCUGCCACGCAACAUGAAUCACUUGCAUGAGAAACGCUGUACAACCGGUCCUGUCGAUAUUACUUCCGAAC